AUGUCCUGCCGUCUUCAAGCUUCCGCAAAAUUGUCGGGUUUCUUUUAUUCGAGAACCAAGAAGCCUGCUGCCAUUCGAUGGAAUAGAGACACCACUUACCAAUUGGCUUCACAAGCGCAAGUAGUGCGUUUCCUGAACCAGGUGUACCUUCCCCACGAUCCAUUGAAUGCAUCACUUUAUGAGGCUAGAAAAAUGACUACCAAGCAAAUCUUCCACGAAGUGUUAUCACACACCAAAUGUUCGAAUGACAAGUCACCUACCGCUUUUCAAAAUGGUGUUCUAGUCGAAAAAGUACACUUCCUCCAAGGAAAAGUCCAGCCAAAGAAAAUCAAGUUGGACAAGAUGAUUCGUUCGUCCGUUACCGAAAUCUGCAUUCAUGGAAAAAGAGUAUCAUGGCAGAAGGAAAUAAGUACCCUCAUCUUCUCAAUCCCCGAUCAUGACACUUACAAGUUCCCAGUAAAGCGUCGAUAG